UCGAUUUCAAACCGCUCGAUUCGUGUGGUCAGCUGGAGGAAUUCGAGAAAAACCUUGGCAAAGAUGCUGCGUUCGCAGAUAAAAUGAUUAGCUGGCUUGGCAUAAAAAAUGCGAAUUUCGCUCCAAAAAAGAGCGUUGUACGUUCGCUAAAUCUCCUCUUUAGCUACCAACUGCUCGCUAGUUGUAGCUGGUCUGGUACAGGCAUGAAUAUCCCAUUUAAUAAGUUUGAAAAUAUUCACAAAUUGUUGCGGCGAUUGGCAAACAUCCGGGGAUGCAAAGAGCCAGCGGAUAUGGUUGAAAAUUUGCUGCGGCAUAGGCUGGCUUAUGCUAAAACUAAAAUGAAAAUAGCUGAGCGCAAAUCUGGUCGCAAAACGGUUUGCCUGAACGAAUCACGCAACGGAAGUCCAAACAAUGACGAUUCACGUUUUGGGGUUGCGAGUGUCAACGAUGGCAUGAAGGAUUCACCCGCAAAUCAUAACAAUACUGAUACUUCCGCAAGUGCUGAUAUUUCGAUGGUUAAACCGUCGAUGGAACAGGUUUGCUCAUGGCUUAAUGAUGGGGCAAAUGGCGAUAUCUGCGUUGAUGAAAUUACAAUCGAGGAAAUCAAAAUAGACCCUAGUGACGACUCUGAUCUUAGGUGGCACCCGCCUAGUGAGAAGAUAACAAAGGAUGUUACCAAUAAGGCGGAAGAAAGUAGCCAGUCCGAAUCAUCAUUUUUUGGAAAAGCAAUGCACAACCAACAACAAUAUCGCCGUUUGCGGUGCAACUAUUGCUCCCUACUAUUCUACAGCGAUAAAACAUUGACGAAUCAUCAAAAGAAGUGUCGAGAGGUGUACGAGCAAUUCAAUCCAGCACCAAAGAUGCCUAUCGCCGAGAAAAAGGAAGUAGAUAGCAGCAUUCGUUCAGAUGAUGCUACUCUGGACCUGCUAACGCAUCAAUUUAAGGGCACAUGCACCUCGCCGGUAACUAAAAGGAAAGCCAAUCUUGAAGUUGAGGAUGUACCAUCCAUUUCCAAAGCCGAUUUUGAUCCCUUGGCAUGUGAUUUAGUCUUAAUCUCCCCACCUCCAUUAGUUCCGCUUACUAUUUCCCCUCCAGGUCUGAGUAACUCACUGCCAACUUCAAUUCAGGAUGCCUUGAAACCACACCAUCCUACGUUUGUUGAUACUGCCCCGUUACAACCUUUACAGUCUACGCCCAUAGAUCUUAUCCCUCCUCCGUUAGCACCGUUUUCGAGCGACACUCCCGUUUCCAUUCCCCUGCAACCUACGGUAUCCUCCUCGUCACGUGUGGAUAACCAAUGGCCACAGAACAACAGUGCUGUUCCUCAACAGACCAUCCCGUCUGACAUCACCGUUCAGCUGGAGCGCAUUAAAAAUGAAGUAGCAUUGUUGAAGAAGCAAAAUUGUAGGUUGCGUGACUCGUUGGGAGUGUCCACGGGCGGUACAUCGAAAUGCUUCGACUUCAAACCGCUUGAUACUCAUAAUCAGCUGAAGGAAUUGGAAGAAAACCUUGGCAAAGAUGCUACAUUCGCCGAUGAGUUGGUCGCUUGGCUUAAGGCUGAAACAGCGCCAUGUGACCCAAAAACCAGCAUUGCGCGUUCGAUUGAUUGCCUCUUUACACGUCAACUCUUCGCCAACUGUACUUGGCGUGGCUUAGGUUGGCAUCGCCAGAAAUUCCCAUUGAGUAAAUUGAAAAAUAUUCUUACAUUGUUGGAACGUGUGGCUAGUACAUUACACUAUGAAGCGACUGCUGCUAUGGUUGAACAUGUGUUGCGUACCAGAUUGAAGUUUAGUACAGAUAGAGUGAACGGCAAUCCAGCGAGAAAAGCGCAUUGUAUGCCUUCAAGACGAAAGAAAGGCCAGUGUGAAAAAAAGAAAUAACUCAACAGGGUAAUCGCUAGAUGUCUGGUUUAACAAGUGUAGGUUGGUUGAAUUCAUUCUCUGGUGGUUAAUUAUCAUAUUUCUUUCAUUGAUGUUUUCUUCAGGACCAAUUGUAAAUGACAUGGAGAUGAAUUACAAAAUUUAAAAAUAUUAAAACAGGCAAAUCAUAUAAUACUCGAGUAAUCCAAGGAAUGGAUACUGGAUCUGAGAUAAGUGCCUGAAAGCCUGGAAAUACAUCGUUAGUUGAACUGUUGAAACAGGGGAAAUAUGUCGUUUAAAGCAGAAGAGAAAGUGUUUUGUGUACUAUAGAUAAUAAUAGUUCCUAUGAAUAAUAAACUAUUGAAUUUAUAAAAGUUA